UAGGGGCGGGCGCGAGGCCGGAAGCCGGAAGUCGGCAGCCGGAGCUGACGCGGCGCAGCCCCGGCAGCGCAGCGGCCGCCAUGGAGCAGGACGGGGAGCAGCUGUCGGCGCGGCCGGCCCUGGAGUCGGAGGGGCUGCGCUUCCUGCACGUCACCGUGGGCUCCCUGCUGGCCGCCUACGGCUGGUACCUGGUCUUCGGCUGCGUCCUGCUGUUCGCGGUCUUUCAGAAGCUCUCGGGCCGCCUGAGGGCCUCCAGGCAGAGGCGGCCGGACCCGGCGGCGGCUGCUGUAGCUCCCGAGGAUGUUGUGAGACGGCAGGAGGCUUUAGCGGCCGCGCGCCUGAAAAUGCAGGAGGAGUUAAAUGCCCAAGUAGAAAGGCACAAGGAGAAACUACGACAGCUUGAGGAAGAGAAACGGAGAAGGAAGAUUGAAAUGUGGGACAGCCUGCAAGAGGGGAAGAGCUACAGAGGCCAUGCCAGGAAGCCUCAGGAAGAAGACAACCCCAGCCCUUCUACUUCAUCCAGCCUCCCCAAACGGCCAGCCGACAGGAAGCCCCUACGUGGAGGUGGUUAUAACCCUUUGUCUGGGGAAGGAGGAGGAGCCUGCACGUGGAGACCUGGACGCCGAGGCCCAUCAUCUGGGGGAUGAGGCUAAGAAAGCCUUGCCCGUGUCACUCGACACGAAGCAAGCCCAGCCCUCACCCCCAACCCCCUUCAAUUGCCUUACGCACCCUUUCUCACAGUGACCAACCCAGCCCAGGGGGCAUGGGGCUCACUUCUGUCCUCCACCUGCACAGCACCCACCAGGCAACAGCGGGUCCCCAUCUCAGAAGGAGGCACCUGACCCAAUCCGGAACACUGGGAACUAGAGGAACGGCCCCCUCUCACACAGCCCUUCGCUGCUGCUAGGACAGUCUCUGUGAUAGGUUGCGUCGAAUGACGUCCUCCUUGUAAAUGGUGAACCCACCACCAAGGAUUACCGAGGCUCACAGUUGACGGGGUUUCUGUAGACCUGCACAGAACACUUUGCAAGUUAUAAACGUUUUUAAAGCUGC